AUGAUAGUUACGUGUGGCAGAGUGUGUUCUCGCUGGCUGCAUCCACUAUGCCACAGUGCUGUGGCUAAUCCACUGCAUCUAAUCACUGCAGCCUACUGCAGCCUGCACCCUUCCACUCUUCAGACAAUCACUGCACAUUUGUGCAGUGAUUGUCUGAAGAGUGGAAGACUGCAACAAAUUUUAGACGAUCUAAUUGUGACUGAUUCUCCUGUAACUGCAUCCUCGUUUUUUGGGAAGUUGUUUCGCCAAGCAUCCAAAGCGCCCGGCCAGAUCGACUGGGAGUUCCUGACGGAACAGGCGGACGAGCAUGUUAAGGUGAAAGAGUUUGAGCUCGAGCUCGAGCUCGAGCGUGAGAAAAAGCAAUGGGAAAUCAGCGAACUAAAGUUCAAAUAUCAGGUAGAGCGCAUGGACUCAGAGUUGCGGAGACUAAAUACGGAGUGCAUGAUGCUGAGAAAUUGCUUAACGCUGCGUGGCGCUGUUGAACUCUUGGAGAACAAGUGGAGGCUCGCGGCCGAAACUGCGGCUUCUGACUUGAAAGGAAAAAGCAAAGAACCGGAGGAUAACCGCUCUACGCUAAUCGGUUCACAGAAAGGACGUUAUAAAGCGAACAUUAUCGAAAAGCUCAAGAAUACCCUGCAGAACACAGAAACUAAUCUUCUUCCCCUAGAUUUCGACACGUUAAGUCCACAUGAUCAGAAAGCCGCGCUCGAUACCCUUGCCAUCAGACUGUUCGAGAAAUUCGAAAAGAUCGUUUGGGGGAUGUAUUUGGGAUUAAGCCUUGCGGUUCACAGCCCGUGGAUACUCGCACAGUCUAUUGCAUCGGACGUUUUAAUUGAUGCGGACCGCUUAAAACCGCAAGAAGUUGUUGUGGCAUGCGUUAUUUGUGACUUGAUUCCAGUCAGAUAUAAAGUUAUUCAAUCGUCGCGAUUGCUUGUAGCAGAACAUCAGAAAUAAAGCUGUACGGAAGU